UGCAGUGGUGGUUCCACCCAGUAGUAAUGGGUAGCUUCUCACGUAAGGAGGUACAUUUGAUGAAAAAAUAAUAGAAUCUUCGAGUCAAUCCCAAGAGAUUUCUCAAGUCAAUGUUUUCUUAAAAAUAACAACAAAAAAGAAGAAACACCCUAUUUUUCUUUUUAUCUUAUGGCAGUGGAAGCUCUCUGACUCUGUUCUGUCGAGUUGCUUCUCCUUGUCAAGAAUUAAGGUUUCUCUUCUAUUUAAAGAAACGAGCACUUUUACCGGUGAUUGAGUGUGAUGAAGCCGGUGGGAUACAGAUUCCAUCCAACUGAUGAAGAAAUCAUAGAUCAUUAUCUGAGGAACAAAUUGAACGGCCUUGAUUCGCUUGUUGAUGCUUAUAUUGGUGAGAUUGAUCACCUUUAUCAGUGGGAUCCAUGGGAUUUACCUGACUUUGCAGUAAGUCAGUCAAAUGAUCGAGUGUGGUUUUUCUUUUGUCGGCUUGACUACAAGUACUCAAAUAGUAAACGAGUUAACAGAACAACCAAGAAUGGAAACUGGAAAUUGACCGGCAAGGUUCGUAAUAUCAAGCGUAGAGGCACAAAUGAGGUGAUUGGUACUAAGAAGAAUCUGGUUUUCCUACACAAAUGUCCUGAUUCUAAAAAAACUAGGUGGGUCAUCCAUGAAUUCCAGGCUAAAACGUCCCCUCCUGUUGAGAGGGCUCUUGUUCUUUGCAAGUUAAAGGAAAAGGCAGAUGACUCAGCUGCCAAUUCACCUAAUGAUGAAGGUGAACCUAGUAUCCUAGAGGUAGAUGCUGAGCAACUGCCAUCUCUCCUUGACAGCCUCGGGGAGGAUUUCAAUUUUCCUUCCCCACUGCAGUCACAAAUCUAUGCACAGAAUUACCUUUCAGAUGAAGAGGAUGCGAUAGGGUUUGCGUUUGCGGACUCAUUAAUUGUUGAUCCAGAUGAAUAUGGCACUGAAAAUGCUGCACUCUCUCUCCCAAAUGACCACAGCUCACCAAGGUCAUCAAGGAAAGCUUAUGCUGAGGAUAGCAGUGACAGAACAACUUAUCAUGCCUAUGGAGAGUCGGCAAACUUGUAUGGCGGGCACGGUAAUUUGAAAAUAUCUCGGCAGCUGCAAAUGGCUCACGGUGAUGAUAUUCUCUUGAUGGGGGCAUCUUCCACGGAUUCCACUACUGCAACUCGACAUGAACAUAUCAAAUUAAUGCAAUCAGGUGGUGAAGUAAUUCCAAGGACUCGCCAACCUCCGCCUCCAGUAGCGCCCAGCUUUGUAGAACGCAAGGAAGUUUCUCAUAAAAGAGUUCAAUUGCUGCGCGGAGUUUCAAAGGCUGGAGAAGGUAGAAAUGAAAGUGCUGAUAUUGAUCUGCCUCGGAAGGGUCGUUUCAUUCACCUUGAAACAACUAUAUCAAGCCAUGGAUCAAGCCCUCUAUCGGUUUAUCUUUUGAACGCAGUCUUAGGUCUGCUUCUAUUCCUAAUCAUGCUUAGAGAAGCGCUGAUUGUUCACUGAGAGAUGCCACUCUUAGAAGGGUAUACGGUCAAGCAUUUUGUCACAAACAGAAUUGUCUAUCCAGUGUAUUACAUCGGUGGACUUUGGGA